AUGACGAUCAAAGUCCUCAUCCAUGCCUACCGCAAACCAGGCAUCUCCCCCUCCGUUUUCAAGCAACUCUACGAAGCGCACAUUGACCUUCUAAAAUAUAUCUCCGGUGACGACUUUCCACUUUCCCACAAGCGUAGCUACAUUGCUCGCAGCACCAUUGAUUCUUCGGCCGAAAGCUUGACGACCCCACGCAAUGCCAGCACACCAGCCAGAGUGAUUGUCGGCCUACAGUCAGACUUCGAUUUCGACGCCUAUGCCGAGCUUACUUUUGAGGACAAAACUGCUUAUGACGCCUUCCUGGCUAAGGUCUAUGCUCCUGAAGCUGCGGCUAAGAUUGCCGCGGACGAAGAGAAGUUCCUGGAUAGGUCAACGCUCGCUAUUGUGACAUUGGGGGAUGUGUUUGAGACAACAAAGUGA